CAACAUGUCAAAAUAAAAAGAAUUCCUAUUAUUAAAAAUAUUUAAUUAUUUGUUGUCAAUGUCCUAAAAAACGAACGAAUUAAAUCUUAAGGAUAUGAAUAAUGAAUUUAAUCAAAGUAAUCAAAAUGUUUCAAAAUUGAUAAAUAAUCAAGAUGUGUUGUUUAGAAAACUGGAGAAAAAAGGUCAAGGCGAUGUGAACAAUUUAAAAAGUUUAAUUUCUUUAAACGAACAUCAAAUGGGAAAUCCACGAAAAUGGUUAAAGGCUGGCGAUGGAAUAUCAAGUGAUACGCGUAGUCAAAGCUUACCCGAUUGUCAUGAUAUCAAAUUAAAUGAUUGUGAUAUCUUGAAUGUAACAUCGAAAGAUGUCGAUGAAUCGUGGUUUAAUACUUGGCCAGAAAAAAUACAUAAAAGUUCUGAACAAAUAACUGAAUCUCAUACUACAAGUGGCUGUGAUAUUAACAACAAAAAUACUAAAUGUCGACAUUUAACUCUUAAUGAAGCUUUAGAUACCUUUAAAUUAGCUUAUAAUCCUAUUACAAGACAAUUACAAUUAGUGGAAACAAAUCAGAAUGAAGUGAAUAGUGCUGAAGUUGAUUCAGUAUCAGAUUCAAUUAGUGCCGAAAAAGUGCAAACAACAGGUCAUCAUAGAACUAUCGGUGCAAGUUCAUUUUCCAGUACAGUGUCAACAUUGAGUGAUCCAUCAUCGUCAGGAAGUUUACUUGAUAACGAUGAUCAAAAUUCAAAUCAUUUAUCAACAAAACCUAAAAAGAAAGGUUUUUCAGAAUUUUUUUCAAGAAAAGUGUUUUCUUCAACUGGUUCCUGGCGAUUAUUUGGAAUGGGUAGAUCAUCUUCAAUUGAAUCGAUAACAAGUACUUCCGAAAGUUUGGUCGCAAGUUCGUCAGCAUUAAUUCAACAUAUAAGACCGUCAACACUACCUGCAAAAGACUGUGAUGAAGAACGCAGGCAUCGUGACGAAUACGAAGCUAUACUUCAAGCAGUAAAAAAGCGUGAUAUUGAAAACACAAAACAACGAAAAAAGAAACAGGAAAAACAAUUGAAACAAGAAGAUCAAUUAUCAGCAGCUGCUAAACAAUGGGCUAAUCAUAUACUACCUUCGUGGGAUUCAUUAUGUAAUCAAAAGAAAACUCGUGAAUUAUGGUGGCAAGGUUUACCUCCUAGUGUACGAGGUCGUGUAUGGAUCUUAGCAAUUGGAAAUGAACUGAAUAUAACAGCUAAUUUGUAUAAUAUAUGUUUAGCUCGUGCACGUGACCAUUUACAAACAUUUGAUAAUGAAACAGACUCUUUAGAUAAAUCAAUUGUGUUAAAGCGUAGCACAUCAACGAAUACAAAAUAUCAAAAUAAAAUAUUUGAUGAAACGAAUCAAGAAUCAAGUAUGAACGUAAUACAGCUUGAUAUAUCACGGACAUUUCCAAAUUUGGGAAUAUUUCAAGAAGGUGGACCUUAUUUUAAUAUAUUACAUGAAUUAUUAGCAGCAUACGUGUGUUAUCGCCCUGAUGUUGGCUAUGUACAAGGCAUGUCAUUUUUAGCAGCAAUAUUAAUAUUAAAUAUGGAACCUGUUGAUGCGUUCAUUUGUUUUGCAAAUUUAGUGAAUCGUCCACUAAUGUUAUCUGCGUUCACAGUGAAUCAAACAAAUUUACAUGCAUAUUUUGGUGUUUACAAUGAAUUAUUAAAAGAGAAUUUACCAAAAUUGUAUAGCCAUUUUUUAAAUGCAUCAUUAUCAGCUGAUUUGUAUCUUAUGGAUUGGAUCUAUACAGUAUUCGCCAAAGCUAUGCCUUUAGAUCUCACAUGUCGAGUAUGGGAUUUAUUUCUACGAGAUGGUGAAGAGUUCAUCUUUAGGACAGCAUUAGGAAUUUUAAAUUUAUAUCAAGAUACACUACUGAAGCUAGAUUUUUUGGAUGGAGCGCAAUUUUUAACUCGUCUUCCAGAUGAUAUGUCAUCAGAUGAACUAUUUUGUAGCAUAAAAUCAAUGAUAGUAAGUUCAAAUAAACGAACCUUUAUUCAACUUUUAGAUAAAUGUAAAGAAUCAGUGUCAUUGACAUCAACAAAUAUUCAAUCAUAACAUUUUCUAAAAUCGUUAAA